AUGAAAGCGGACGUCUGGUCGCUCGGCGUGCUUCUCUUCGGAAUGCUCUCCUGCGCCAUGCCGUUUCAGGGCCACGGCGACCGGCAGCUGAUGCGCCAAAUUCUCCGCGGAAACGUGGAUUUGUCGCGCGGAACCUGGUCCACCGUGUCGGCGGAAGCUAAGGAUCUGAUCCGCGCGAUGCUGUCCGUGAAUCCGGACGAGCGGAUUUCGAUGGCGCAGGUCGUCGCGCAUCCGUGGAUCAAAGCGGCGUCCAGGCGGAAGCCGGUGGUUACCACAUCGUUCGCCGGGUUCGCCGGGGCGACUGGAGCGAUUUCGCCCGUGGUUUCCGGUUCGUUGACCCCGAGAACGCCCGUCCAUUCUCUGGUGAGUCCACCUGGAUGUCAGAAGAAUGCGAGGGCUAGCGAUCUUCCUUCGCUUGAUCCGUGCAGUAACGACGAGGACGAUACGGACGAAAAGAACAGGCUUGUCGCAGAUGGAGAAGGAGAUGAAGGGGGCUGUGGGUUAUUGGAGAAGAACAUUGAUCAGGAUGCUGAUGUUGCUUCACGCAAGAAGCGUGACGGCAUAAAAGAUAAGGAGAACGCGUGUCCUCCAGUUCAGCAGACGGCAGCGCAAGGCGUCGCAGGGGACGCGGCCCUAGGACCGUCGAUUGUGCAGCAGGGUCAAGUAGGAGCGGGGGGAGCAGAGAAGCAGGGCGGCAAGGGGAAGGCGUCUUUGUGGGAUUCUUUUAUUCCUGCCCUGGCACGGCCCCUUUCUGCUACUGCGACGGAACCUGCAGCCAUGGGUGCUGGAGCCAGUGCACCGUCUGCAGCUGCUAGUCUCCCCAUGGACUACUCCAUUUGGGAUCAUAUGAGCCAUAGCAGCGACGAGGAGGAGGCAGAGAGCAGCAGUGACGAGGAGGAGAGCGAGACUGGGAGUGGCGAGGGGGAGAGAGAGAGUGACAGCGAUGAGGAGGAGAGGGAGGGUAGCAGUGAGGAAGAGGAGGAGGAGGAGGAGAGCGAGAGUAGCAGUGAGGAAGAGGAGGCUGCCGGAGUCAGCUCAUUCAGUUCUCGUUGGUCCAACUCUGAGCCUCCCUGCGCCUGCUGCUUCCACCGGGUGCUUGGCACCCAGGGCAAAUUGGCUCUUGGCAUUUCGAGCGUCAAGGUCGUCCGCCGCCACUUGCUUCAGCCACUCCCCAAGUCCAUUCCCCUGGCAGCACCAGACAGGCAGGGAGUAGGUAGGUCCCUGGGAGGUGAUACGGGAGAUAACGCAGAAGGAGAUGGAGCAAAAGUACGGACAGGGAAGAGGAAGGGAACAGCAGAGAUGGGAGCAACAGGAGGCGGUGGUGGGUACAAGUGUGAACGCGCCCCCCACCUUUGUGCCGAGGAGAUGUUUCUUGAGUGGAUGGCUGAGCCUCGUGUGGGCGUGCUCAUGGACCUUGGGAGGAUCAGAUCCCGCCUGCCUGCAAUCAUCGCUGCCACAGAUGCUCCUGCUGUUGCUGCUACAAAUGUUGCCACGUCCUCCUCCUCCUCCUCCUCCUCCUCCUCCUCCUCCUCCUCCUCCUCCUCCUCCUCCUCCUCCUCCUCCUCCUCCUCCUCCUCCUCCUCCUCCUCCUCCUCCUCCUCCUCCUCUUCCUCCUCUCUCCCCUCGCCCACCCACCCUCCCUCGAUCCCCUGGCACUGCUGCUGGCGUUGCAGCACCUGCUGGGCCUCCUACCGUCGCGAUGUGUCCCUCUGGGCCUUCCUUGUGCUUUUAGCGAAUUCUCCUCGCUUUGUGAUUUUAUGGAGGGCUCAGCUUGCCUCCCUUACAGGCCUCUUCGCUGCUAUUGGGAAGGAGCUAGGGGCACACAGGCAGGAAGAGGAAGAUUGUUUGGCGACGGUGCUGGUGCAGGUGCUGGGGAUGAAGGGAGGAGAGGAGAUAAGCGAUGGUUUUAAAGCUCAUGUGAUGCUGCUGCUGCCUGGUGGUGCGGAGGCACACAGAGAGAGCGAGGGUGCAGCAGGGAGGAAUGGGGAGAAGCGGGAGGCUGGGAGAAAGGGUGAAAGACGGGAGGGGCAAGGUGAUGGUGGUGCGGGCAGCAGUGGGGAGUGGAUUCAGGGGCUGGAGGGUCCUGUGUGGGACAGGUAUGUGGGCGGCAUGGCUUGUCUUCUUGUGCAUGAAGGACGGGAUGAGAUGACGGCCCCCAAAGCCGUUUCUAGCAGCAGCAGUGAUUCCAAUGGUUCGUUGAAUUCACGCAUCUCCAAGGCUUUCAGCAGCAACGGUAUUCCCAAGGGCAUGUUUGUGAGUGGCAUUGACGCCACUGGUUUCGCCCUUCCCGUUGCUACAAUUCUCUCCAAGCCCCAAUUCUCCGAGGAUGCUUGCCGGAUGUUCUUCACGGAUGCUAAUAACGAGUACAGAGUGAAGCUGGAGAAUUCUGCGAUUGAGGCUGCCAGGAAGAAAGUAGGCAUGGGUCCAGAAAGAGAGAGGGAAGGUGGGGAUGGAAAGAGCAGUGGAGCUGAGAUUGGUGUGAGAGGUACAGUGAAGGACGGCUGGGAGGUGGUAACCGCAACCAGUAACACGGUCGUGGCUGUACUGACAUGGAGGGUGAGCUGUAUUCUCAUGUGGGUCCGAUCCUAUGGCCCGAACCUGCAAUCUCCGAAGGCAUGUGCACUCCGAACCUGCGUCAAGCCAAAAGAGGAUCUCCCAGUCCUCCGCCACCCAUUCCGGGAUCUCCCGAGCAUGCUUAUCGGGUCCGGCACCGUGCCGGAGCCCUUGGUUCGGCGGGGAUUUUCUUGGGAGUGGGAAGAGUGGCCUGCUGGCGAUGAAGCCGCUAUAAAGCUUGCUGAUGACGUGCAAGGGAGGACUGAAUAUAAGAAGCUCCUUGAAGAGAAGUUUGGGGUUACUGUGGACUGGGAAAUUCCAGCGAGGGGCAGAACAGCAGCAGCAUUGCCAGCAGCAGCGUCGGCAGCAGCAGCUUCGAAGAGCCGUCCAGUCAUUCGCACGCUGGCAGACGUGGAGUUUCUGCUCGAAUCCUUUGCAGCAGACAGAGAGCCUUCCAGAUGCACGUGGUGCUUGAAGUGCCAUUUCAAGCAUGCCAUGGCUAUCAACCGCGUCGCCCUGCUCGCCUCUUUCGCCUAUCGCCCCAUCUCCACCCUCAUCCACCGCUUCCUCUUCCUCUUCCCGCCCGACCAAACCAAAGAGGCGUACACGCUUCUCGGCCUUUUCAUGCCCUCGGGGCAUGAGGAGACGGUGAACUGGAGGCAUGUGAGAGGGUGGCUGGAAGGGCUCGCAGAGGGAAACGAGAUGGCGAUGCUCACGCAUGCUUGUACCAUAAUAGCGGGCAGGUGGGCCAAUGCGGAGGAGCCGAAUCCGGGGAGGUUUGCUCGGCUUGUAGAGGAGGAGGGCGCGGGGCAGGAGAAGGGUGGGGUGGGCAAGUGGAAACAGUUGGAUAGUGAGAUGUGGGAGGAGGUUCGGAUGUGGCGGCACGCUGCCAAGGUUGCGUGGCCCGGGGAGAGAAGGAACUGGAUGGGAGAGCUGCGGGGUAAGUGCAUGGGCCGCAGGAGAAGGCCAAAACGUGAGAGUAGUGAGGAGGAAGAGGAGAGAGAAGAGGAGGAGGAAGGGUCGGUCUAUGUGCAGAAGUGGGUGGGAGGAGUGAACCUGCUGGCCUGCCUGAGAGCAAUGCUGCUGGGGGAGCCGUGGAAGGGGUGCCAUUCUGCUGCUGCUGCUGCUGCUGUUGAUUUGGAAAAAGGUGGGUCAGCAGGGAAGAUGAAAGCGGCGAAGCGAGCAGCAGGGAACAAAGCAGGGGGCAGAGCAGCGGGAAGCGAAGAACCCGGAACCCUGGCAGGCACUUUCUGGACAGAUGCAUCGGGUGUAGAUACUCGGGCAGAGCGGCUGAAAUCAGGGUACAGGCGGGUGUGCCAGGGGCCGAGGUGUAGCUGUGUGGAGUGGGAUGGCGUGGAGCUGAAGAUGUGUAGGCGGUGUGGCAGUGAGGCGUACUGCAGCAAAGCGUGCCAGAAGGCUGCUUGGCCCUCCCACAAGCUCACAUGCCGGCCCAAGGGGCCUGGGAAAGGAGAGGCUUGA